UUGACGUCAGCUGGAUGUUUGACUUUCCCUCCCAAUUCCAGCCUCACUCUGACGCAUUCGCAUAUCUGCUCCUCAGCAGCAUUUUGGGGAAUGAUGAAGAUGCUUGAGACUCUCCUUCAGCAGUGAUGGCUGCCUUCAGCCCCCCUGCCCCUUUCCUCUGUGUGCUGCUGUGUGUUUCGGUGGCUCUGCAGCGAUCUGACUUGCGCCUGGCUUAUGUAACCCACAACAGCUUUUUGUACUACUCCUGCAGCCAGGACCCGCAACCCUGCAGCAUCUCAUCGCUUACAGAUUGCAUAUGCAAGGACAUCCAGCUCUCCACACUGCACCGCCUACAGUCGCACUUGUCUCCUGUUUUCCAGAUGAGACGUUUAACCGUUUGGUUCACGUCACCAUCAAAUGCAGCACGUCUGCUCAACAACUCAGAGGUGAGGCACCUCACAUUGAUCUAUUGCGGAUCCAGUGGGAUGCCUCCUUUUAAUCUGGAAGGAUAUUUUGCCGUGCACCACCUGGAGAGGCUGACGGUGGUCAACCUGCCGCAGAAUCCAUUUUAUCCCUAUCCAGAUUUGAACAGAGCCAAGAAUGGAGACCCAGACAGAGAAAACAAUGCUCACUUAGACACAAAUAGGUACAACACAGAAAUAGACACAAAUCUGGGCUUGAUCACAGACAUAAAGAGAGAUUUUUUAAGUCUGUCUCCAGCACAGGUCCAAGACAUCUUCCUGGGCAGGGAGAUCGGAGCAGAGUAUUAUGAACAAGCCAGACUGGGAAUCAUCCACAAAUCAGUGCUGGACGGGGGAGCAGUGGUUAAAGCAUACACAGUAAAGACACACAUAGACAGCAGUGGUGCGCUGCCUUUCCCUGAACUCCACCUGCCGAAAUUGCCAGAGACAUCUGUCAUAUAUGUCACUUUUGUAUAUUGAUAAAAAAAAUAGUUUAAUCUCUCUUUACAAGCAGGAUUUCGGUCAUUUGAAUUAGUGGGGAAAAUGUCCAAGUUUCUUGGAAACUGAAUGCAUUUGAAAGAGUUUAAAUUUGUUUUUGCAUUCUUGUCCUGGGAAAAAGUUUUGAAGUUUUGGUUCAAUAACUUUAAUCACAUCAAGCUUGCACAGUUCUUUAUUAGUGUGUUAAAAUAGGCCAAACAAAGAGUUUUGCUGUUUCUAUGUACAAUCUUUUUCCUUCCUGUGUUAUCUAGCCGACCAAUAUUUACUCUUUUGUUUCCUAUGCAGUGCUGUGAAAAAGUAUUUGCCCCUUGCUGAUUUCUUUCCUCUUUUCACAUAUUCGGCACACUUACAGGGUUCAGAUCAUCAAACAAGUAAAUACAAAAUACAGUUUUAAAAUGGCAAUUUUUAUUUAUUGAGGGAAAACUGCUAUCUCAAUCUACUAAUUGACGAUGCAUACAAGAGGUCAAAAAGAGCCCAUAACAUAAUCUAAAGUGUUGGCUUACUUCAAUCAGUUAAAAUCAGAGUUCAUGGUUCAACAGUAAGAAAGAGACUGGGCAGAAAUGGCAUUCAUGGGAGAUUUCCAAGGAAAAAAUCCACUGCUGACCAGAAAGGAAACAAAAGAUGCCAAAAACAUUCUUGAUAAUCCUCAUGACUCAUGGGAAAAUAUUCUUUAGACUGAUCAAAGCAACAGGCAAACAUGGUGGUGUUAGUGUGAUGGUCUGGGGCUUUUUUGCUGCUUCGGGAUCAGGACAUAGACGACUUGCUGUAAUUGAUGGAACCACGAAUUUUGAUCUCUAGCACAAAAUCCUGAAGGACAGCUGUCCAGCCAUCAGUUCGUGCCCUGAAGUUCAAGCACACUUGGGUUAUGCAGCAGGCGAUUCGUGCUUGUAAAGCCUCGCGUGGCUGAAGUAAAGCAAUACUGUGGGAAAAAAUUCCUCCACAGAGAUGUGACAGACUCAUUGUCAGUUAUCACUAAUGCUUGAGUGUAGUUCUUGCUGCAGUAACCAGUGGCACAACUCGUUAUUGGCCUUAGAAAAUGACUUUUUCACAUAAUGCCAGGUAAGUUUGGAAAACUUUUUUCUCAUUAUAAAUUAAAUCACCAUUUAAAAACUGCAUUUUGUAUUUAUCCUGGUUGCCUUUGACUAAUAUUAAAUUUUGAUUGAUCUGAAACACGUGUGACAAAUUUGCAAAAAUAAAUAAAAAUGGGAAGGGGACUGAAUCCUUUUUCACAACCUGUAGAACAUGGAGAAUGCAAUGAAAGCUGUGGUCCACUUCCUUUAUCUAAUGUGAGGCUGCAACACCGUUUCAUAUACUGCAGCAGUUUUUUUUUCUGCAUGUCAUAAUGUCAACCACAGCUGAUGUUGUGAAAAGAUGGAGGGUCCCUAAUUGCAACUAAACAUUCAGCUAUUUCAAAAUGAUUUGGUGUAAUGUUGACUCAAAAAUAACUUCACUUACGCACAGUCUCACGUGUCUGCCAUUGCUAGAAAAAAACUAAAGAAGUUCAUUUGUAAGCAAAACAUGUUUUUAUGAAUCCCUCCCAGUUCUGCUUUCUUGAGCUGACUUUUUAUUUUUUUUGUACGAUCAGCAGAGCUUUUUGUGAAAGUAUUAAAAACAACUUUUUGUUGUUGUUGUGACAGUUACAUCCUAAUUUUUCUAUGUUUUUAUGAUUUCAUGAAUUCAGUAUAAUGUCUGUGUAGUGAAGAUGGAUUGUCAGCUCACCAAAAAGCUCCUGGCAUAGUGGAAGAAGUUGGUCUUUGAGGAUGUUUUUAGUACAGUCAGUCCCACAAACUGUGAUCUGCUGAUAUCAAGCAGCCCACGGAGAAUUUAUGAAAAAGAAUGGGCCACACUGUAAAUACCUUACUUUAUAGAUAAAUUUGACUUAUUUCAAAAUAAGUCUUUGAAACUUUUCCAUUAUUUAGAUUGCACAAAAUCUGAAUAUAAAAAUGAAAGCUUUUUUGGCUACCAGUGCAGAAAUAUAUAAGCUAAAUUGUUUGGGGUGGCUGUAGAUUACAGAACAGGCCAUCUACUAACGAGACGAAUAUUGAACCUUAUGUUGCUCCUGAUGCAUUCGCUGGCAUGUGAAUGUGUUAUUGUUAGAUAAAAAGUGUUUGUAUGAAUUUUUGGGGUGAAUGGAACAUGUUGUAUAUAUGCUCUGAGUGCUGAAGUGUAGCAGACAAAGACUAUAUAAGAAUUCAUUUCCCAUCUAAACAAUAUAAUCCAGACAACUGAAGUUGCAGCGUAUGAAACAAAAUGCGUGCCACUGUCAUUUGUGCUACUCCCACAAACGACAGUGGCACAAAUGAACCACAAGGUGGCAGCAGAUACAUUUGAAUCAAAGAGGUGGCGACAAACUGAAGGACUGAGGAAGGACUGAAGCGAUCUACAGAUCCAGUUAACCUAAAUGUAAAAGUUGUCAUGAUUUAUCAACACCAACCAAAAGCUUGUGAGGAGUGUUAUAUUUGUAGGCAGUGAUUCUGCAUGUUUAACUUAAUAAAGCCAGACAGUAUUAUCUUUAAUAGUAUAAUAAUAAACGAUUUAGACUCUCAAACAUUCGGGAUGUGUAUUUGAAAAUCUAAACAUAUAUGAAAAAAAAUGAAAAUGCUUCCCAAAGCCUCUUGGCUAUGAGUGCACAUAUGUAUGCUACAUCUAAAAAUACAGCCACGUGCUUAUAAUGUGCAAAAUGUUUACAAUAAAAUGAUGUUUUGGAUUACA